GGAGGGCUGUGGACUUUACCGCUCCAGAACCAUCUUUUGUCAGAGUCGUUCAAGUCGGGUUGAGUUUCGAUGGCAGCGAGUGUCGGCCUGGCCAUGAAUCCGGCACAGACGUCCGAGGAGCGGGUUGUUUUCACGCAGCUGAAGCCGGUGCGGAUGUCAGGAGCGGACGGUGCUGAGGACUCGUCCGUGUUUGAGGACGUCAAGCCCGGAACCCAGCUGGACAUGGACAAGUACCUCCCUCAGGUCAACAGUGCUGCCUUAACGCCGUCGCACGACAUCAACGACAGGAAAUACCGGCGGGAGAGCGCCUCUGUCGUCGACGAGUAUUUUGCAGAAGAUAAGCACGGCGCCCCCUACAGUUUAAACAUCAACGUCAUUCUUCCCAGCACCACUCACCUGCGGACGGGCCUCUACCGGGCCAACCCUAAGACCAUCCCCCCACAGCAGAUCAAAACAGAACCUGGACUGGAGGUUCCAUGUUCCAUUUCAAGCGGCGGCACUCAGGCUCUCCCGGACUUCACCUCCGUCUUCAGCGUUCCACCAGCGGUCAACGGGGUUUUCAUUAAACCGGAUAUGAGCCCAGGACCGUCCCAGCAGCACAGCCUGGACAAUGAGGUUCACAUCGGACCACAAGCACCACAGCCCCAGGUCUACCAGAUGCCCAUCGGCAGCUGUGCGGACCUUACCAUGACUCUGUCUCACAGCAGUGCGCCCGUGUCCGGCCACUCCAAGACCAUGCUGAACCUCGGCAAUAUCUCGCUGCAGACUGCCAACGGCAGCUACAUGAUGGCCGAGCACCAACCGCAUCAUCACCAGGGUUACUACCAGCACAGCGGGCCCAGCUCCACCCAACACACGGCGCCACACAGCCUCCCUCCUUCACCCCCAAACUCCCAGCCCGGGAGUCCGGAUGGUCAGGCAGAGCUGCUCAGCUUAGCAAGUCAACCUCCGCCGCCGUACCAGCAGCACCUGGGCGGGAUGAAGGUGACUGGUAUGUCCCAUCACGCCAUGCUAAUGACGCAUGGACAGGGAGUUCUGACCGGACCUAAGUACAACAGACGGAACAAUCCAGAGCUGGAGAAGAGGAGGAUCCACUUCUGUGACUACCAAGGCUGCACCAAAGUUUACACAAAGAGUUCCCACCUGAAGGCCCAUCAACGGACACACACAGGUGAGAAGCCGUACCGCUGCACGUGGAACAACUGCGACUGGCGCUUCGCUCGCUCUGACGAACUGACGCGACACUACCGGAAACACACCGGCGCCAAACCCUUCAAGUGUGUCGCCUGCAGUCGCUGCUUCUCCCGCUCCGAUCAUCUUGCCCUGCACAUGAAACGCCACCAGAACUAGCUGUUGGGGGCACAAGCAAACACACUCACAUCGGACACCAAAAUCCCUCACCAACCUUCAGAGAGUCAAGCCAAGUCAACCUGUUCUCUUUAAAGUUCAGUAAAGGAAUACGAAAGCUCUUAUCUUACACACACAUUUUAGACUUUUCAAAUCUUCUGCGUCCCCAUUAGGCUUCACUUGAUCGCGGACACACUCUCACAGGCAGCGCUAAUGCUACGACCCGGCAUCAGUUAGGGGCCGUCAACAAAUUCUAAAGCGGUCAAAGUAUGAGUGAAAUCUUCAAUAAGGCAUUUUAGGAGAGAGAAUUGUGAAAAGCUUUUUCAUCACACAAGACAAUAAUGAUUGGGAGAAUAGAAUAUGACUAAAUGAUCAUUUGUUCAGAUUAUUUCUAAUAUUUCUUCAAUAGCAUCUGGUCCAUAGUUCAAGUCAACUGUUGAGAGACAUGAGAUACAGCGGACAGACGGCUCAAUUUAACCCCUAAAUAAAACUGGCAGAGCAGUGUGUCAGACACCAGCGGCUUCUACCAGAGACGUGAAACAUGGAAUUUCUCAUCUCUACACUGAGUUAACUAUUAUAUUUAAACAUAAACAAAUAAUGACGCUGGAGACAAACUCCACUAACAAGUUUCAACAGAAAACAGUUUCAAGAGAGACUGUAGUGUCCAACACAUGGAAUAGAAUGAACGAUGAAUUUAUUAUGAUAAAUAUCGUUAUUGCCGAAAUUACAGCAUUUAUCGCGAUAACUUUGUGAGGAAGUGAUGAAAUUGAGUUGCAGCUUACCUGAAGAAGAGGUAGAGAUGAUAAAAUAACAUAAUGAAUGCAAAAUAGAUGAGACUGCAAAGACUGCCUGGAAAUUGAAAAAAAUAUUUUUGCACUUGACUGAUUUAUUUAAGAAUAAAAUGUCCAAAACAAAUCAGCUUCUAGCACGAAAACAACUGCAGUAUCUUUUGUCACCUAUCAAACUAGUGGGAUUUUGGUGUCUCUCACACACACACAACUCCAUCAUGAACCGCUGUACAUUUGUAGAUAUGCAGAGAGAGAGAGAGAGAGCGAUGAAAUGAUUGACACUUGACCACAUAGUUUUUGGCUCAUAUCGUUGCUUGAAAACAGCCCCUGCGUCUCCAUGACGACGUUAAUAAUCGGCCGGUCGUACCUGAUCCCCCUCAGGUGCGCUAUGUUUGUAUCCGGACUGUAUCCGUCGUCAUGGCAACCCGGCCCCUUUCAACUAAAUCUUGGACGAUCUCUCCGCUGAUGAUGUAAUAUAGUGACGUAUUUAUUCUGAUUAAGCAAGAGCUAAAUUGAGGUGAAGAAGUCGGCGACGUUGUAAUCGAACGGAUGUUGCACUGAAGCGUCAGGAGAAGAAACAAGCGAUUGAAGUGGACGAGCAAAGCCGCUCACUGCAGGCUGACGGCUGUACAUAGUUUUCAACUGUAAAUAUUUGCUCCUUAUUCUAUAAAUAUUUGUGCUUUUAUAACUCUUGGGUUUUGAAUUGGUUGUUGUCCCGAUGAUUUGUUUGGUUUUGAUACAUAAUGUGUGUGAAAAUUAAUAAAUAAAAUCCUGAAAA